AUGGCACCUGGCCUCCUCCAGCCAGCGGCGACGGCAGAGAAAGUCGUCACCCUAUCGUCCUUGACCGAGAGCUACGACGACGCGAUUCGUUUCUAUCUCAAUGGCACCAAAGUCGAACUGGACGCUGUCGAUCCUGAAGUCACACUCCUAGAGUAUUUACGAGGUAUUGGGCUGACGGGGACAAAAUUGGGCUGCGCUGAAGGCGGAUGUGGUGCCUGCACUGUCGUGGUGUCGCAAGUGAAUCCCACCACGGGCAAGAUAUACCAUGCGUCAGUCAAUGCCUGUCUGGCCCCUUUGGUCAGCAUCGAUGGAAAGCAUGUUGUCACAAUCGAGGGCAUUGGGAGCUCACAAAGCCCGCACCCUGCACAGGAACGGAUUGCCAUGGCCAGCGGCAGUCAAUGCGGGUUCUGUACACCAGGAAUCGUCAUGAGCUUGUAUGCCCUUCUCAGAAACCAUGGACCUGAGCCUUCCGAGGAUGAGGUCGAAGAGGCCUUCGAUGGCAAUCUGUGUCGCUGCACCGGCUACAGACCCAUCCUCGACGCUGCUCAGAGUUUCAAUAAGAAAUGUGGCAGAUCCAUAGCGAACGGCGGUUCUGGCUGUUGCAUGGAAAAUGGCGGCUCUUGCAACGGCGACGGCCCGAAUGGCAAAGACGAAACCGCAGAAAAGAAAUUCACGUCUCCUUCUUUCAUUCACUAUGACAAAUCGACUGAACUGAUCUUUCCUCCCGCCCUUAGAAGACAUGACUUCAAACCGCUAGCUAUUGGGAACAAGAGGAAGAAGUGGUAUAGACCAGUUACGCUCGAGCAGUUGCUGGAGAUCAAGAACGCGUCUCCCACUGCCAAGUUGAUUGGCGGAAGUACAGAGACACAGAUUGAAAUCAAAUUCAAGGCUAUGCAAUAUUCGACUUCGGUCUAUGUGGGUGACAUUGCCGAAUUGCGGAAGUAUUCGUUUCAUGAUGACUAUCUCGAGAUUGGUGGCAAUGUGGCGCUGACCGACCUCGAGAACAUAUGUGACGAAGCUGUCAGACAUUACGGCCCCGCCAGAUCUCAAUCUUUCGUAGCCAUCAAAAAGGCGAUCAAAUACUUUGCCGGGCGUCAGAUUCGCAACGUUGGCACCCCGGCAGGUAACCUAGCAACCGCUUCCCCUAUCUCAGACCUCAAUCCGGUGUUUGUCGCCACUGACUCCACGUUGGUGGCCAAGUCGCUGAAGGAGACGACCGAGAUUCCCAUGUCGAGUUUCUUCAAGGGCUACAGAAAGACUGCGUUGCCGGAGGAUGCUGUCAUCGCAGCCAUGAGAGUUCCUGUAUCUGCCGAAAAGGGCGAGUACAUCAGAACCUACAAGCAGUCGAAAAGAAAAGAUGACGACAUUGCCAUCGUCAAUGCUUGCCUACGCCUGGCACUGGACGAUUCUUACACGGUCAAGAAUGCCAACCUGGUAUACGGAGGCAUGGCCCCUACUACGAUCCAGGCAAAGAAUGCUUCUGAAUAUAUUGUUGGAAAAACACUUACGGAUCCUGAGACUCUAGAGGGUGUCAUGAACGCCAUGGAAAAGGAUUUCAAUCUCCCAUUCGGUGUGCCAGGUGGCAUGGCCACAUAUAGGAAGUCAUUAGCUUUAGGAUUCUUCUACCGGUUUUACCAAGAUAUCCUCACCAACAUUGCAGAGACCAGCAAGGUGACUGACAAAGAAGCCGUUGCAGAGAUCGAACGAGAAAUAUCCCGCGGCCGAAAGGAUCAUGAUGCAGCAGUUGCGUAUUCCCAGAAGAUCUUGGGCAAAGCAAAUCCUCACCUCGCGGCUCUCAAGCAAUGCACCGGCGAGGCGCAAUAUACCGACGACAUUCCAGCUCAAAAGAACGAGCUCAUCGGCUGCCUCGUCCUGUCAACCAAGGCACAUGCCAAACUGCUGAAGGUGGAUGCUAGCCCAGCCUUGGAUCUUCCGGGCGUGGUCACCUGGGUCGACAGACACGACGUUGUCGACCCACAGGCCAACUGGUGGGGAGCCCCCGUUGCCGAUGAGGUCUUCUUUGCUGAGGAUGAAGUCUUCACGGCCGGGCAACCUAUCGGGAUGAUCGUAGCAAAAACUGCGCAUCAAGCUGCAGCCGGAGCUCGUGCUGUCCUCGUAGAAUACGAGGAACUUCCAGCAAUCUUCACCAUUGAAGAGGCCAUCGAAAAGCAAAGCUUCUUCGAGCACUACCGCUACAUCCGCCGAGGCGAUGUGGACAAGGCCUUCCAGGAAUGCGAUUAUGUCUUUGAGGGAACGGCCAGGAUGGGUGGUCAAGAACAUUUCUAUCUGGAAACGCAGGCUUGCCUUGCGAUCCCUAAGCUAGAAGAUGGCGAAAUGGAAAUCUGGUCCAGCACACAAAACCCGUCCGAGACUCAAGCGUACGCUUCCAAGGCGCUCGGAGUGCAGUCCAACAAGGUCGUAUCCAAAGUCAAACGACUCGGAGGCGGAUUUGGUGGAAAAGAAACCCGAUCGAUCCAACUGUCAACCAUAUGCGCUGUCGCUGCCAACAAGCUCAUGAGGCCUGUCCGAUGCAUGCUCAACCGUGACGAAGACAUUGUAACGUCCGGCCAGAGGCACCCAUUUCUGGGCAUAUGGAAGGUUGGCGUGAACAAGGACGGCAAGAUUCAGGCGCUCAGGGCCAGCGUCUUUAACAACGGCGGGUGGUCGCAAGACCUCUCUGCCGCGGUGGUCGACAGAGGACUUUCCCAUAUCGACGGCUGCUAUAACUUUCCGAAUGUUGACGUGAAUGGUCGUAUCUGCAAGACCAACACGGUGUCCAACAGCGCUUUCCGCGGCUUCGGUGGCCCGCAAGGCAUGUUCAUUGCAGAGACGUACAUGGAAGAGGUUGCAGACCACCUGAAAAUCCCUGUGGAAAAGCUCCGAGAGAUCAACUUCUAUAAGGAGGGCGACCAGACACACUUCAACCAGGAGCUUGAGGACUUCCAUGUUCCGCUGAUGUACAAGCAAAUCAAGGAGUCGACAGAUUAUGAAGCUCGGCGCAAAGCUGUCGACGAAUUCAAUGCCACCCACAAAUGGCAGAAGAAAGGCCUCGCCCUAAUACCGACCAAGUUCGGCAUUUCCUUCACGGCCUUGUUCCUCAAUCAGGCCGGCGCCCUGGUGCACAUCUACCACGAUGGCUCCGUCCUUGUCGCCCACGGAGGGACCGAGAUGGGCCAAGGCCUGCAUACCAAGAUCUGCAUGAUUGUCGCCGAAGCGCUUCAAGUGCCGCUUUCCGAUGUGCAUAUCUCGGAGACGGCCACCAACACGGUCGCCAACACGUCCAGCACGGCUGCUUCGGCAUCCUCGGACCUGAACGGCUACGCAGCCUACAACGCCUGUGUGCAGAUCAAUGAGCGUCUGGCGCCCUACCGAGAGCAGUUGGGCCCCAAUGCGACAAUGAAACAACUUGCGCACGCGGCCUACUUCGACCGUGUCAACCUGAGCGCCAACGGCUUCUACCGCACGCCUGAAAUCGGCUACAUCUGGGGCCCCAACCCAUCAGACCCGUCUCUGGAGAACACCGGCAAGAUGUUCUUCUACUUUACACAGGGCGUCACGGCAUCCGAAGUGCUCAUUGACACGCUGACCGGCGACUGGACUUGUUUGCGGACCGACAUCAAAAUGGACGUGGGUCGCAGCAUCAACCCGGCGAUCGACUAUGGCCAGAUCGAAGGCGCAUACGUCCAGGGUCAGGGUCUCUUCACAACCGAGGAGUCGCUGUGGCACCGCGGCUCGGGUCAGAUCUUCACACGUGGGCCUGGUGCGUACAAGAUCCCUGGGUUUCGCGACAUCCCGCAAGUCAUGAACAUUUCACUGCUCAAGGAUGUCGAGUGGAAGAAUCUGCGCACGAUCCAGCGUAGCCGUGGCGUGGGCGAGCCGCCUCUGUUCAUGGGCAGCGCCGCCUUCUUCGCCAUCCGCGAUGCCUUGAAGGCCGCUCGCAGAGAGUAUGGUGAGCACGCCGUCCUGAACCUGCGCAGCCCCGCCACGCCGGAGAGAAUCCGGAUCUCGUGCGCCGACCCCAUCCUCAAACGCUGCGUUGUGGAGCCGAGGGAAGGGGAGAAGAGUUUCUUCAUAUCGAUCUAG